GGAGGUUAUUUUAUUUCCGCAAUGCUCCAGAACAGUGCGGUGUCCAUGGCUAUAGGUAACCAGGGUAUUAAUAGCAAACUGAUUCAUAAGAUCUUUGGCUGCUACAUUCUGGACCUAUUACAGCUGUAAAACCAACCACUUUGUGUCAUAUAUCAACAGCAUGGUCAUGCUCUCCUCAGAGUCAUCAAAAGCUAAGUAAUACUUUUUUCCCCCAGUUAUAUCAGCCAAGUUCUGGAAAUGCAUUAAAUGGCCUCCAGUGAACUCUGUGGUAGUCCUUUCCUAAUGGUCCUUUGUAAAUCUAGUUUUGUUCUCUAUCAAUUAAAUGUUGAUACAGACUAGACAUACAAAAGCCUGCACAAGUCUUGUUACUAGGAAUACAAUAUCCCCAGUCCUAACAUAAUGCACUCUGAUUACUACAGGUGACACUACUAACAGUUUUGCUGAUGGCGUCAAUAAAAGUCCAACAGAGAAGAUUCUGGAGGUCAUUGUUAUCUGGAGUUUGUGUACUCAUACUCUUGGUCUCUCUGAUCAUCUAUGAAAAGUCAAAGAUGAAUUACAAAUCACUGAUGUUCAGAGAUGAUGAAACUCCAGAGGACGAGUGUGACUGCAAGAAAAUUUUACAAGGAGACAUUGAUGAGAUUAAACGUGCUAAGAUUCUGACCAUCACAAAGAGCUUUAAGAACAUAACACGGAUUACUGAUGAACAAUAUGUCAAGCAGACGAAAGACUGUGAAAAGUUCCUGAGGACUCGGAAAUACCUCCUGUCCCCAUUGAGUGAGGAGGAAGAGGCAUUCCCAGUGGCAUAUUCCAUUGUCAUUCACCACAAGGUACAGAAUUUUGAGAGGCUCCUUAGGUCCAUAUACAGCCCUCAGAAUUUUUACUGUAUCCAUGUGGACAAAAAAGCCCCCGAGUCCACUAUGAGGGCGAUUAAUGCCAUUGUCUCUUGCAUUGAUAACGUUUUCUUGGCUAGCCAGUUUGAACAGAUGGUCUACGCCAGCUGGAGUCGUGUCCAGGCUGACAUCAAUUGCAUGAAGGAUCUUUACCAGGUUAGCAACCGUUGGAAGUACUUCAUCAACCUGUGUGGGCAGGAUUUCCCCAUCAAAACCAACCUGGAGAUAGUACAUGCCCUUAAAGCACUAGCUGGUGGUAACAGCCUGGAGACUGUGACCACACCCCAGAAUAAGGUGCAUAGAUGGAAAAAAAGAUACCAAGUGAUAAAUGGCAGAAUUCGGAGAACCAACCAAAAUAAAAAAACGCCACCCUUUGGCAUGAAGAUAUUCACAGGUGGUGCAUACAUAGUGGUGAGUCGUGAUUUUGUGCGUUAUGUGCUUGAGGACCCCAAAGCCCAGGUGUUGAUGUCAUGGUUAAAUGAUACAUACAGCCCUGAUGAAUUUAUUUGGGCUACAAUGCAACGCAUUCCUGGUGUCCCAGGGUUUCUUCGCGCACACUCUAAAUUUGACAUCAUGGACACUUACAGCAUCUCCCGGCUAAUCAAAUGGACAAGAUAUGAGGGGAACAUCAAUGCAGUGUACCCUGCCUGUCAGGGUAUUCAUGUUCGGAGUGUUUGUGUAUAUGGGGUGGGGGACCUGCAGUGGAUAACAGAGCAGCAUCAUUUAUUUGCUAAUAAAUUUGACACAGAUUUUGACCCAAUCACCAUUCGAUGCUUGGAGAAGUACCUCAGAAACAAAGCGCUAAAACAGUAUCAUUAAAUUCAUACAUGUAUACUAUAUGGACAAAAAUUUGUGGACACCUGAAUAUCAUACCCCUAUGUACUUGAACAUCUCAUUCCAAAAACACUGGGAUUAAUAUGGAGUUGGUCCAACUUUGCUUCUAUAAGAACCUAAACUCUUCUUGGGAGCCUUUCCACUAAAUUUUGGAAUGUGGCUGUGGGGAUUUGUGCCCAUUCAGCCAAAAGAGCAUUAGUGAGGUCAGGGAGUAAUGUUGGGUGAGGAGGCCUGGAGUGAAGUCAACAUUCAGAUUCAUCCCAAAGGUGUUCAGUGGGGUUGGAACAGGUGUCAUUCUGGAACAGGUUUCAGCUUCUUGGAUUUAGUGAAGGAAAAAGAAGGGAAAAAUAUUGUGUGCAUCAAACUUUGUGAAGCCACUUUGGGGAAGGUCCAUGUAUCCAUGUAUGGAUGUGAUGGUCACGUGUGUAUAUCCUGUAUUCACAACUGUAUAUACAACUGCUGUCUCAUGUAUACUCUGUUUUUGUUCCUUUGCUGCUGCUGUUCUUGUUGGGUUUGUUUGUUUUCCUGCUUGUACAUGUUAAUUAGGAUGCAGUGCUGCAGCACAGUAACCUAUGGGCUCCUCCUACGCAAAUUUCGAUUUCGAAUAACUCAAUAACCGUACGUCGCACACAGACAAACAAUAUAUCAAAACGUGCGGCUCGAUCGGACUCGCUAUGCUAUUACUUUUCUCUACAGAAUACGAUUUUUUCGCGACUACGUCGCGAAAAAAAUCGUCGAAAAAAACCCCAUUCAUUUCUAUGGAAUUAAUUGAAAAAAAAAGCACUUUUUCAACGUUUUUCAAACGUCCGCUGCUCUGGCAUGCUUUCACCUAGAGACGUGAUUCAAACUCUAAAACGUAGGAAAACUUCUCCUCUGUGGAUCUGGCAUUCAACUUUUCUGCUAGGUUCUACACUUUCGGAUCAGUCCCGGCUCAAACGCCAUGUGGGUUCCGGGAGAAAAUACGGCUUUUGAAUGGGUGUCUAUUGCGUUACACACCAGUGAAGCUCGUUAACUUAGAGUGGAGAGAGUUUGGAAAAAAAGCUCAAACUUUCUCGCUUAAACUGUGUUUUCAGCCACAAAUUUCACUCUACAGACUUGAUUUUCUCAAAAGUAGUAGGAAAACUUGUCCUGAUUCACACAAUGUGUCUACCUAAACGAUAGGAUUUACAGUUUUUGAAUGAGAAGCCUCAAACUGAGAAGAGGGCAGCCGAAUGGCCUCAUUGACACCCAUUAUAAACAUUAUAAACAGAAAAGUCAGUCAUCUUUAACUCGCUCUAGCGUCCUUAUUUUUAACACUACAGACAAAAUAAUACAUCAUUUUAUUCAGGAGACCCUUCUAGCGCUCAUUGUGAAAGAAUUUUGUGAAUAGCUGCUUCCGUUGUCGAGUUAUUUGUCAUUGUUCGAGGCCUGGUCCUUCGUAAAACACAGCACAAAAUUCAAGACCUUGUGUGUCUUAGCUCAUUGACACCCAUUAUAAACGUGACAGAAAAGUCAGUCAUUUUUAAGUCGGUCUACUGUCCUCAUUUUUAAGACUACAGACAAAAAAUUACAUCAGUUUAUUCAGGAGACCCUUCUAGCGCUCACUGUGAAAGAAUUUUGUGAAUAGCUGCUUUCGGUGUCGAGUUAUUUGUCAUUGUUCGAGGCCUGAUCCUGAGCAAAAAUCAGCCAAAAAUUGACAAGAUUAGGUGUCACUCUGUGCUUUCUCAGGCCCGUCGCCAUGCCGACUGGGAGCAGUGAGUGACGGGGGGGGGGCCUGCUGUCUCAAUCACACACAUAAUCAUUGCAUUGAAACAUCAUUGCAGGUCACACAUUCACGGCCAGCAAACAUGCGUGACCGAAUUGCUUCGCGCACUGCAUCCUCUCACAAUUUCCCCCGGGGAAUUGUCCGGUCUAGUUCUGUCUUACUGUUGCACUGCUUGAUGGGGCUAUUUGUUAGCUCCCGGUUUGAUAUGUGUGUGUAAUGUAAUGCUUGUUGUGAAAUUGUGGGUAUGUUGAAAAUGUAUUGCACUGUAUUCAUGUAAUGCUUGUUGUGAAAUUGUGGGUAUGUUGAAAUGUUUUUGGAUGUCUGCUGCUGUUCUUGGUGUUUUGGUUCCCCCACAACCUGUGAACCGGUGACAGGAUCAUGGGUGUCGAAGGCUCAGUGAUU